AUGUUGCUCGCCGGGGAAAGAUCAACAUUAUCAGGCGAAACUGGAGAGAAGAGUGGUACAGCUGCGGAGCGCGGAGCAGCACUAGGAUUUCUCGAGCACGCUAUCCAAGAUCGCACAGCGGUUGGAUCGCGGGAAGCAUCAGGCUGGAAAGCUACAACGACGACCCACCAUAUGCUUUGUGACGUGCAAUCGCUCAUAGCGCAUGUUGAGGAAGAUCGGCCAACGUCUAUAACGAAGACGUCACAAAAGACACAGUCUACUGGCUCAGACGAGGAAACCCUGGAGUUAAUUAGCUCGAAGGGAAUGUCAAAUGUCUCUGCUUUUGGGGGGUCAAGGGAAUCAACAAAUAAGACACCUCGUUCAACUACAAAGGCGAAAGCAAAGCCGCUGCCGACUAGUAAGGGGAGAAAAGCGAAGCCUCAGACAACAGAUGAUAUCGAGCAGCUGCAAACUAUUCUUCAAGAGGAAUCAGCAAGGAGAGCUGGUGAAAGACAGCCAGGGAGCAUCGUCAACGACAGCGACAUUCAAGUGACCGUGCAAGAAGGUCGGAGCUGCGAGACAGUCACGGUGGAUAUCGGUGCAUCAGCCCUAACGAAGACGCCGAUGCUUGAAAGAGAUUUGUCAAAUGAGCCCUCCCAAGAAUCCUUAAACAUGGACAGUCUCAGACCGAACACUUUUGGCAGUGUGUGUGAUAGCCCUCCACUUCCACUCUGGCACCCGCCUCGUGCGCCAGAAUGGUACCGGGUCACGCCCGAGACUACGUCGCACGUCGGCAUAUCAGCGGCACAGUCCACGCUACUUCAGUGCAUAGACAAACUACUUGGGACACAGCAGAGCCCGAGGCACCAAGAUGCGGUGCUCCGUGAGGCUCGAAUACAUCUGCCUCGGGACCACCGCUGCAUCCUCCAGCUAGUCGAUAUCAGGGGCCCGUCGUAA